CAUGGUAAACUUUGAUAUAUGGAUAUUCAUCUGUCUGUCUGCCUAUCUGUUUGUCUGUCUGUCUAUCUUGGUAAAAUACAGUAUGAUCCCAGAUGAAUGUAGAUCCCUUUCAUUUUAGGAGAAUGUGACUAUCCUCCAUAUUAUGACCAUACCAUACUGAGAAAAGAAUAUCAAGCCCAUUCACCAUCUGAGUUUACAGAGGGAUUUAAAGUUGCUUACUACUGUCAGAGUGGGUAUGUGAGGACAGCUGGAUCUGCAUCAAUUACUUGUAUCAAUAAGAUGUGGUCAGCAUUGACCUUGAAGUGUGAACGAAAGUCCUGUGGCUUUCCCGGGGAGAUUCUGAAUGGAAACUUCCAUUCUGGUGGAGGACACCUCUUUGGAGAUGAGGUUUACGCUGAAUGCAAUGAGGGGUACCAGCUCGUUGGGAGGGGCACCAGACGGUGCUAUGCAGAUGGCUGGGAUGGACAAGUCCCUCUAUGUAAAAUUGUUAAGUGUUCAGACCCUCCCGAGAUUGAAGAUGGAGAAAUCAUGAACCUGCCUUCAGGAAAUGUCGUCUACUCCACAGUUAUACUGUACAGGUGUAAAAAGGGUGUCUUGAUUGGAAACAAGGAGCUUGUCUGCACCGCCCAAGGAAACUACAGCAGCAAGCCUCCUCAAUGUGAAGAGUUUCCAUUAUGCCCUAACCCAAAAUUGGAAAAUGGAAGAAAGGAAGCAGGAUUUGGACCUAUCUAUAAGUAUAACGAUGUUGUUAGCUUUGCUUGCAACCAUGGAUAUAUUCUCAAUGGCUCCAGCUGGUUUAUAACUUGCAAGGAAAAUGGAAAAUGGUUUCCUUUCAUACCGAAAUGCGACAUUGUCAACUGCCCAGACCCUCCCGAGAUUGAAGAUGGUGAAAUCCUGUCUCAUGGAAGAGUCGUGUACAACACGGCUGUCCGCUACAAAUGUAUACACGGGAGUCUGGAAGGAAGUGAUAAGCUUGUGUGCAGAGCAGAUGGGACCUAUGACAAGGAACCUCCCCAAUGUGUGAAGCGCACCUUAUGGAACAGAUUUAUAAAUUACGUUUCCAAGCUUUGGAACUGAUUACUAUUUCACUGAUGAAGGUACUUGCCUUCACACUGUUGUAUAUAUACAGUAGACUCCCGUAAAUUUCUGUUUCAAUAACUUGUGUUUUCAAUCAUCCGUGUGGUUUAAUACAGUACAUUAUCAAAAUGCAUUAGUGCAGAAAUCAGCGUAUCUGUGCAGAAGCCAAGUCAUCAUUUAAUUCAAUUCAAUUGAGUACAGUAUAGUGCAUGGCAACGGACAGCACUGUAUUGUAGUUAUUGAACAGUGAGAAGCUAGCAGAAAGCAGAUUUAAGACUCUCUUAGCCUGGCAGUCUGAAUAUGAAGAGCAGUUACGACACUUAAAGACUCGGAGCAAGAUCAGUGACUUUUUAAAGCAGCUCUCUCCGUCUCUGAGCAACGCUGAUUAUGCACAGUGUAUCUUUUGU